AUGAAUUCUUUGAUUGUCCCUUGGAAGCAUCAGAACAUUCGCUCUGGGCGUAGUUACUCGCUGGUGAAACGACGAGUUGUUGCUUUUUUAAUUUGGGCUCUCAUUGCUGUCGUAUACACCGUUUUAAAGCGACAAUCGUCAAAAGGUUUUGCCAAUUGGUAUUCUCCCUCGAGUUCUAGCGCUCGUUUGCCCGUACUCACUCUCAAUUGGAAAGAAAGCUCGUCCGAUUUUCAAGCAUCACAUGUGGACUUUGGCGAUGAGAUUGCAUGCAGUGCCAUCCGAAAUGUAGCUCGUUCGGAUCAGUGUGCUUUUGCGAAGGCUUAUUGCAGUGGUAAAGACAGUGGAGUGAUUGAUUACAUCGAGUUCUACUACUGUUAUAUGACAAAUAAUCGACCACUGGCCAUAGCGCUAGUUUUAUGCUGGCUAGCAUUUUUGUUCAGUAACUUGGGCAUAUCAGCAAGCGAUUUCUUUUCCACCAACCUUGUUACAAUAUCAUGGCUCUUGCAGUUGCCGGAUUCAGUUGUCGGCGUCACAUUUCUUGCUCUAGGCAACGGAUCUCCGGACGUGCUGAGUACAUUUGCAGCCGUCCGUGUUGAUAGCGCUGGCCUAGCCAUAGGUGAGCUGUUAGGUUCUGCUUUGUUUAUCUGCGCUAUUGUGUGCGGAACUAUCUGCAUUUUGCAACCCUUCUGUGUGCCCAAGCAGCACUUUCUGCGAGAUGUAUUGUUUUUCACUGGUGCUGUUCUACUCGUAAUCACUUUUCUAAUCCAUAAUGGCUGCCUAAGCUUGUGGCAGAGCCUUACCAUGAUAACAUAUUACACAGCGUAUGUCCUGUUCGUCUUCUUUUUUGGCGGCGACACUGCUGUUGAAGAGUCACCGCUUCCCGUGGAUAAUCACUUGUGCUUGCCGCUACCUGCAUACUCUCCACUAAGCAGUCCUUUGCCAGAUAACAUGUCCAUUGUAUCGUUGUUUUCGGAACAGUUUCUUGGAGACGAUGUUGAGGCGUUUCCUUCGUCCUCUUCCGCUGCUCUUCUGACUCGAAGCAACCCUCAUCUUAUCGCCGUAAGCGACGUAGGAAGUGGUUCUCAUGAACGGGUACCAUUGUCUCCUAGUGCCCGUACUAUACGGCCAUCACUGUUAGGCGCUCUUGAAAUGAAGUCGCAUUUGAACGAAGGGCUUAUUCAGAAUUCGUUCGCUUCUCCUACCACAUUUGGGGAUGACUUGUCGCCAAGCCAACCAAAUGAAUCGAACAGCGCCGUUCGUUCACCCUUCCUUAGUCCUUACAGCGUUUCUCAUGACGACUUUGCCUCGUUGCCCCUCCCUCCAACCGCGGAUUAUUUGUCUGUCACUUCAACUCAACAAUGGUCGACCUCUCGCUUCCCUUCGCCAGAACCCUUUCAGCCUUCUUUGUUGAAACUGCUUUUUCCCACCCUGUGCAAUUUCUCAAAAAAAACCGUGUUUCAGCGUGUGCUUGAUAUCCUUGCCGCACCUUCUGUUCUCCUGUUUACCCUGACUCUUCCUGUAUACCAGUCUCCUCGUCACCCCAUAGAACCAAUUGGGCCGCUAGAGGAAGCCACAUAUCCUGCUGGUCAGGCGUGGAAUCGUUCACUACGUGCCCUGCAGUGUUUUCUAUCACCCCUCGUUUUUGUUUUCAUUACCUUUUCGGGAGCGACUCUAUUCGUUGCGAUCCCGGUGUCGCUUAUUCUUUCUACAGUUACUGUUUAUUUAUUAUACAAGCACACAAGUCCGACGGAGCCGCCACGCUUCCUGCCAUGGGUUAGUCUUUUGGGAUUCUUCAUGGGUAUCCUAUGGAUUUCUUCAAUAGCCAACGAAGUCGUUGGUAUUCUGCAGGCACUUGGAAUUAUAUUUUCUUUGAACGAAUCAAUUCUUGGUCUUACAAUUUUUGCCGCAGGAAAUAGUCUGAGUGAUCUUGUUGCUGAUAUUAUGAUUACGCGAGCAGGUUACCCGGGUAUGGCUAUGGGAGGUGUGUUUGGUGGACCCAUGCUUAAUAUACUACUGGGUAUUGGAAUAUCCAGUUUUUACAGUAGUUUAAGUCAUCAAGACAAAUCCUGCACGGUAGAGUUUCCGGCAGCACUGAGCAUCACGGCUGUCUUCCUUCUCCUAUGUUUGCUGACAACUCUUAUUUACGUUCCAAGGCAUGGGUACCAGAUGGACCGGAAGCUUGGCGUGGGACUAAUCUUGUUGUACUGUACUGGCACCGGACUUUGCAUACUUCAACUGUUGUUGAAGUAG